AUGGCCGCCCCGGCCAUACCACAGGGUCAAUUCGACUCCAUCCCGGACGCCGUCGAGGCUUUUCGCAACGGCGAGUUCCUCGUCGUCCUCGAUGACCCCGGCCGCGAAAACGAGGCAGACCUCAUCGUCGCCGCCCAGAACCUCUCGGCCGACCAGAUGGCCUGGAUGGUCCGCCACUCGUCGGGCUACAUCUGCGUGCCCAUCAAGCCCUCGCGCGCCGACCACCUCGCCCUACCCCUCAUGGUCUUGGCCAGCCAGGACCCGCGCGGCACCGCCUACACCGUCUCCGUCGACGCCAGCCACGACUCCGUCACCACCGGCAUCAGCGCCCACGAUCGCGCCCUCGCCUGCCGCGUCCUUGCCGACCCCGAUGCCACUCCCGCCAGCCUCCGUCGCCCCGGCCACGUCCUGCCCUUGCGCGCCCAUCCCGGCGGCGUCAGGGCUCGCCCCGGCCACACCGAGGCCGCUGUCGAGCUCUGCCGCCUUGCCGGCUUGUCCGAGGCCGCGGCCAUUUGCGAGAUCGUCGACGAUGGCCAAGAGGUCCCAGGCCGGGCGGUACGCUCUGGCGCCGGAAUGAUGAGAGGAGAGGCGUCCAUCGCUUUCGCAAGGAAGUGGGGCCUCAAGGUUUGCACCAUUGCCGACCUCGUCGACCACGUAGAGAAGCUUCAAGGGAAGCUCAAUGUCAACGGCUCGACUUGA